AUUCUUUUCUUCCUCGUUAGUGCCGUUCCCCAACACUCAUUUUUUCCAACAAAACAAUAUCCUUCAAAGCGAUUUUUCCUGCAAAAUCGUCCCUAAAGCUACUCUCUCCCUUUCUCUAUCCAUUUCUCGGGAAUUUUCUGGGAAAGUAAUUUUUUCUUUUGGGAAAUUUCUGGGAAUUAUUGCGAAUAAGGAAGAAUUUUUAUAUGGCGAUUGUUGUUGUUUUUGUUUUUUUUUUUUUUUUAAAAAUUUUGGUGUUUAGAUUUAGGCAGUGGGGAAAGAGAGAAGCAGAUAGAUGGGCAAGGGAGAGAGAAGCAGAUGAAGCAGGGCAAGGGAGAGAAGCGGACGAAGAGAAGUAGAUGGAGUGAAGCAGCGAACGUCUUAGUAAUCCGAUACCUUUCGAUGGGACUCGCUAAGACCUUCUAGCGACGUCCUUUAUCGAGACGAGUCCCGGCUAGUCCCACUAAAGGUUGUCCUGCGUAACAAACAUGGUAUUGCUCUGAGUUUUAGUCCAGUCCAGUCCAAUUCCUACUUAGUGAGGGCAAACAAACGCUCUCUUAGAUCGUAAUACUAAACGACAAUUUUUAAUUGAAACUUAAAAAGUACGUAAAAUAAAAAAAUAAAAUAAAAAAUAAAAAACAAUACCCCUAUGAUCUAUCCGAUUCUCUCUCAGUCCGCCGAGCCCAACUCCCCCCAUAGCGCCAAUCCCCUCUUACAGUAGCAUCCCUUCAUCCGAGUCCUCUCCAGCUAUCUUCGGAACAUGGCGAAGCAUCAUCCUGACCUGAUUAUGUGCUGGAAGCAACCUGGAAUAGCUAUUGGAAGGUUGUGUGAAAAGUGCGACGGUAAGUGUGUAAUUUGUGACUCUUAUGUGUGUCCUUGCACACUUGUUCUGGUUUGCGAUGAGUGCAACUAUGGAUCUUUCCAUGGAAGGUGUGUUAUUUGUGGAGGGGUUGGAAUUUCUUAUGCUUAUUACUGCAAGGAGUGUACUCAGCAGGAGAAAGAUAGAGAUGGGUGCCCAAAAAUUGUGAAUCUGGGAAGUGCCAAAACAGAUCUGUUCUAUGAAUGGAAAAAGUAUGGUUUCAAGAAAAGAUGAUCAUUAGCAGGUCAAGUUUCACUUAGCUUCUGGAGAUCAUUUUGUUUUGUUCUUCAUUGAGGCUUAGCCAAUAUUCCAAUCAGGUAAUCAAGCAAUUUAUGACUUGAGUAAUUCUCACUCGUAAUCUUUGUAUGUGGCAUGCAUCUCGGGAUGUUUGAACUCCUGAGUGUACUUGGAGCUUUGUUAAUCCAAUUUCAUAUGUGAUUUAAUA